GAGGAUGCUGAAAAAGCUGUAGCACUUUAUAUAAUUCAUGAAGAAGAUUUCUUUUCACAACUUAGUGAAUCUUCUGAUUUUGAUCAACUUUGUAAUGGAAUCGAUAAUAAUCUAAGCUCCAAAUGUAGAGAAGUCAAAGAACUUUGCAUUAAACUAGAACCUCAUUUAGAUAAGUUAAGUCAAGCGGGUGAUUCCGAAAGUUAUAAUUACUGCAAUUGCAUACGUUAUUGGUUAUAUGAACAAAUAAGUGAAAUUCAUACUGAUAAAUCUGCAAAGAUUGCUGAUGUACAUAUGAUGCUUUCUGUUCCUAUCAUUUUGAUGAGAUAUAUUAGUUAUGCUUAUCAAAUUUUGUAUUUCUUGAUUUAA